AGGUCCGCAGCCGCAGCGAGGAUGAGCACGAGCUUCUUCCAGAUCUUGAAGGCAAAGAAAGAACUCAUUCCCCUGGUUGGAGUCGUGUCCUUCGCAGCAGUUGGGGCGCUCUCUUUUUCUGUCUAUUCCCUGUUCAGCAAAUCUGAUGUCAUCAUUAACAAGAGUGGCAAUCCAGAACCAUGGGAAACUGUUGAUCCUACCAAGCCUCAGAAGCUAUUAACAGUUCAUCAGAAAUGGAAACCUAUAGAAGAGCUGGAAAAUGUCAGAAAGCUUACGAAGUCAUGAGUGUCUGUUGCCUCAAAAAGGUACCCUAUGAAUCUAGUGGAAUCACUUCCGCACAAACUUGACUACUGAAAUCAGUGUGCGGAAAUGCUUCUGCUACAUUUUUAGGGUCUCCCUACAUUUUUUGGACUCUGGAUGAGGAGUUUCAUGUUGCCUUAGAAGUUGGCAUACAACAUCCACACAGUCCAAAAAUCUGUCUCAAAUAUUCAUUUUCGGUAGGCAUUUGAUGUCAAAUGUUGACUAUUCAUAUGGUUAUUAUAGCUGGAAAAAGCCUUCACACUUCUUGUAGAAUUUUGUUUUUCUCAAA